UACUUUGAUUCCCAUCCUGCAUCAGAAAGCCAAGCGGGGCACGCCUCACCAGGCCAAGCAGGCCGUUCACUGUAUUCAUGCCAUCUUUAACAACAAGGAAGUGCAAUUGGCCCAGAUAUUUGAGCCUUUGUCACGCAGUCUGAACGCAGAUGUUCCAGAGCAGCUCAUUACCCCACUGGUGUCCCUGGGGCAUAUAUCCAUGCUGGCUCCAGAUCAGUUCGCCUCCCCAAUGAAAUCCAUUGUGGCUAAUUUCAUCGUCAAGGAUUUGCUCAUGAAUGACAGGUCGGUAGGAAACAAGAACGGGAAGCUGUGGUCCGCUGAUGAGGAAGUCUCACCUGAAGUUUUAGCAAAGGUUCAGGCCAUUAAGCUUCUGGUGCGCUGGUUACUAGGAAUGAAGAACAACCAAUCCAAAUCAGCCAACUCCACACUCCGCCUGCUUUCAGCCAUGCUGGUUAGCGAGGGCGACCUCACAGAACAGAAGAAGAUCAGUAAAUCGGACAUGUCUCGUCUGCGGCUGGCUGCCGGCUCCGCCAUUAUGAAGUUGGCGCAGGAGCCUUGUUACCAUGAAAUCAUCACACCCGAACAGUUUCAGCUCUGCGGACUCGUCAUCAACGAUGAGUGCUAUCAGGUUCGUCAGAUCUUUGCCCAGAAGUUGCACUUAGCUCUGGUCAAACUGCUGCUGCCCCUGGAGUACCUGGCUGUGUUCGCUCUGUGUGCCAAGGACCCGGUGAAGGAGCGCCGCGCCCACGCCCGACAGUGCCUGCUGAAAAACAUCUCCGUCCGCAGGGAGUACAUCAAACAGAACCCCCUAGCUCAGGAAAAACUGGUCUCUCUUCUUCCUGAAUAUGUGGUUCCGUUUAUGAUCCACUUGUUGGUACACGACCCAGAUUUCACAAAACCACAUGAAUACGAGCAGCUCAAAGACAUCAAAGAGUGCCUGUGGUUCAUGUUGGAAGUCCUGAUGACGAAGAAUGAGAACAACAGUCAUGCUUUCCUAAGGAAGAUGGUUGAGAACAUCAAACAAACAAAGGAUGCUCAGUGUCCUGAAGACGCCAAGGCCAAUGAGAAACUCUACAUCGUCUGCGAUGUCGCUCUCUUCGUCAUCGCCAACAAGAGCACCGCUUGUCACCUAGACUGUCAGAAAGAGCCUGUCCUACCCGCAAAGUUCUUCCUCAUACAAGACAAGGAGUUUAAAAAUGAGAAGGAGUAUCUGGCAGGGGACAUGAGACAAAUGCUGCUAACUGGAAAGCCAAAACCAGCUCCAGUGUUGGCAACGGUCAAUAAGACUCUGACGGUACCAGGAAGGAGAGUGAUUCAAAAGACCACUAUCACCCCAGACACCAGCACCAACUCGUCUCCACUGGUCGCCACUAACAACAACAGCACCACUGACACAUCAGAGAGUCGAGCGCAGGAGAACAACGAGAACCCGGUCAUGAAGACAGAAGAGAUAAAGAAGGCUGAUCUCACUCAGAAACUAACGCCUGAAGCCGGGAUAGAAGCAUCGCCUGUUAGACGACGCGGCCGUCCGACCAAAGCUGCGGCGGCGGCUGCAGCGGCAGCGCUGAAGGAGGCAGGCGCGCUACCAGCAGGAGGUGGAGUAGGCAGAGGCAGGAAGAGAGCGGCCGACGCUCCCACAGACUCCAUAAAUGUCAAAAUGUCUAAACAGCAGCAGCAGCAGAGCGAUGAGGGGAUGAAGAGACAGAUCGACCUGCAGAGGUAAAGAUGCGACGUGCGAAGAUGAAAUCCAGCCUGAUGAGGACAGACCUGAAUCUUCUCCACCCUACUCACAAGCUCCCUUUGACUCUUAAAGCUUUCUUGGAGAUAUAACGGACCUUCUCAACAUAAACAGAAUAUACAUACACGCACGCAGGCGCACAUCAACACACCGUCAUACUAGGAGGUUUUAAACACCAUGUAGUCAUCUAUUGAAGCUCUCUGUAUGUAGGUCUUACUCAGAAACAUAUUUUUCCUUUGUGUUUGAUGCUCUUUGCUUCGUUUUUGGAGCCAUUUUUAAGAAGAAAAAAAAACGGUAUGGACAUUUUACAAAAAAAAAAAAAAACGUUUUAAUCUGAUGAUUCUUGCUUAUUAAAUUCCCUGGGAAAAACAAAGUAAAUCUGCUGUUUUGAGUCCUGAUGUCUUCCUCCUCUCCGUCUCUGCUGCAGGGUUCCUUUCCAGCUCAUCGGUUGAGUUUGUAAAUACACAAGUUCUAGCUUUGUAAAUGUGAGUUGGCAGGAAAAUCAAAAAGGGGGAUGUUGAAUGUUUAGGGCAGGUUUUUAAAAGUUCUGUUUAGCUUUCUUUCGUGAUCCAUCAGGGAUUUUGGUCAUUUUAAGGUGCAGUAAAACCUCCACCGUUCUUUCGUUUCAGACACAUCUACAUUUUCUUGUUUUGUUCCCUUUUCCGUUCUAUUUCCACGCAUCAACUAAUUGAAAACCUCCACUGUCAGGAAUUUCUAGAUGUAGUUAAAUGAUGCAUUCCACCAUAUUUAAUUUUUUAUUUUCAUUAUUUACAAAGAAUAAAUGCUUUUAGAUGUU